AUGAAGGACGACCGAAAGAAGGUUACCGAUCAACGUCCCAGUCUCGGUUGUUUGUUCGGUUUGAGGAUCGCAGACCGACUAGACAGGUCAGAAGUGGAAGUUGUAGGUGAUGUGGAUGAAGAGUCGGUGGAAGACGAUGAAGUUGAGCUACUACUCAAGCUGCUGACAUCUGUUGAAGAACUGGAGACGGAAGACAUAGAGGCUGUGUUGCGUUGA